UCUACUGUUCUCCAUGCUGUAGUUCUUAACCAAUACCACGAACAAACAUGGCGUCUUCAAAACUAGAUGAGCUGAAGGCUCGGGCAGAAGCAGCAAUGCCCAAAAAUGUCGACGAGUGGAGAGCAAAGGUGGCGAACUUCGACCCCAAUGCCAUCCUUCGAGGCUUCCAACUUACUCUCGUGGGCGCUCAUCGGGCACUGCAAAAUCCAAAAAUGUUCACCAGUGAUCAUUACCGGCAGGCCGCCUUGGCCGUUGCUGCCGGGAUCGCUAUCCGGAUGCUCAUCGAGAUACCUAUCUUUGGCGUUCGUGCCCUUCUCUGGAUCAUUGGCCUUUUCGUGAAUCUUGACCAUUCUUCGUGGGAUAACGACGUUGUUCGUGGCCUGCAGUUUGUCGAGCACUCGGUUUUGCAGAUACCAUUCUUCCUCAUGAGCUUGAUGCGAUACAUCACGCCAACGCUGGACAACAUGUUCAUGGAGUCACUCGACUGGGUUGAUAGGACCUACCUCGCCAAGCACAAAUCCGAUGACCCGAAAACCUUGCGAGCUAUGUAUUACCCUAACCUUGCACAGUAUCCCAAGCGUGGCCCAGCGGCCACAGUUGGCGAGCAGACUCAGAAAAAAAACGCAUUCCAUGGCAUUACGGAAUUCUUGCUCCGAUUUGGCCGUCGGGCGUUAAUCUCCUUGGCUGUAUAUCUUCUCUCCUUUGUACCCUAUGUGGGUCGGCUUGUCCUUCCGGCCGCCAGCUUCUACACGUUCAAGAAUGCAGUCGGGACUCAACCUGCCAUCGUAAUCUUUGCUAUCGGUAUCGUGAUGCCCAAGAAGUAUCUCGUUGUAUUCCUUCAGACGUAUUUCUCAAGCAGAAGCCUUAUGCGGGAACUUCUUGAACCGUACUUCUCACGCAUCCAGUAUACGAAGGAGCAGAAACGAAAAUGGUUCAAAGAACGUGAGGGUGUUCUAUUUGGGUUUGGUGUUGGCUUUUUUGUCUUACUCAAGAUUCCUCUGGUUGGUGUCUUGAUCUACGGAAUCGCAGAAGCAUCUACCGCGUACCUGAUCACCAAGAUCACAGACCCGCCACCUCCUCCUUCCCAAUCUACUGGAUUUGCGGAGACUCAGGUUAGAUGGAAGAAUAAGCAUGAAUUCAUGUCUUUGCCAUUGACUUUACUGGAUGCUGUGAAUACUAAUGAAGGAGGAACUAGAAGGAAUUCCCGCCAGCAAACGACGGGAAAUACUACAGCCUUGCCAGAGAAGCAGUACUCCUAACGAUGAUCACGAGCUCAUAACUCAGUUAAACAAGAUGAUGCAUGAGUGAUUAGAGGAAAAUAAAAACUGCUGGGAGGAUACAUAACAUUUAGAUUAGCUCAUCCUAUUUUCCAAUCCAGCUUGCAGGUAAUAGACUCAGUAGCCUUUGAAAUCUCUACCUCAGGAC